AAAUGCACGGACGGUGUUCGUGGGGGAACAGGAAGUUCACGACAGGCACGCUACAUUCUUCAGAAUAAAAAAAAGCGCCAGAACUGUGCAGUCAAUAAGGUAUGAGGCUAGUAACAUCGACAGUGAGGACAAACCCAGCCCUCCUCUCUCCUUCCACACCGAGUCCAAACCUACAGUCACUGGGUCCUGAUUGUGACAGUGGAGCCCAGUUUGCACUGCAGGAUCCAGAGAUGGCAUCAGUGAAGCUGGAAGACUGGAGCUGAAUGUCAUCAUUAAAGAUGAAGAAGAAGAGGAGGAGAAGAUUGGGAAUUCUGUUUCUCAUGGAAAGAGCAGUACUUGCCGACUCUGGUAUGAGGCCGGUAACCUCAACAGUGAGGACAAACGCAGGCCUCUCUCCUUCCACACUGACUCCAAACCUACAGUCACUGGGUUCUGAUUGUGACAGUGGAGCCCAGUUUGCACUGGAGGAUCCAGAGAUGGCAUCAGUGAAGCUGGAAGACUGCAGUCAAACACUGGAGCUGAACGUCAACAUUAAAGAUGAAGAAGAGGAGGAGAAGAUUGGGAAAUCUGUUUCUCAUGGACGACUAGAAUUAAGUCUGGGAACAUCAGUGAAGUUGGAAGACUGCAGUCAAACACUGGAGCUGAAUGUUGACAUUAAAGAUGAAGAAGAGGAGGAGAAGAUUGGGACAUAUGUUUCUCAUGGAAACCAUGGUGCCACAUUCUCUACAUCCAGAGAGCAACAGCAGGAAGAUCACAGAGCUAAGAGGUCUCACCACUGCCCACAUUGUGAGGAGAUCUUCCCAUCACUAUCAAAGCUAAAAAUACACCUAAAGAUACACACAGGAGAGAAUCUGUAUUCCUUCACUGACUCUGGGAAAAGAUGCACAACAUCAGGGGCUCUGACAGUUCAUCAGCGAGCACACACAGGAGAGAAGCCUUUCUCCUGCUCUGACUGCGGGAAGAGUUUCUCUCAAUUGGCUUUCUUAAAAAUACAUGAACGUAUACAUACAGGAGAGAAGCCUUACUCCUGCUCUGACUGUGGGGUGAGUUUCUCUCGACUCGAUGCCUUACAAACACACCAACGUAUACAUACAGGAGAGAAGCCUUACUCCUGCUCUGACUGUGGAAAGAUGUUCUCUCAACUGGGCCACUUGAAAAGACAUAAACAUACACAUACAGGAGUGAAACCUUAUUCCUGCUCUGACUGUGUAAAAUGCUUCAUAACAUCAACUGAGCUAAAACUUCAUCAGAGAACACACACAGGAGAGAAGCCUUACUCCUGCUCUGACUGCGGGAAGACUUUCUCUCAAUUGGCUUUCUUAAAAAUACAUGAACGUAUACAUACAGGAGUGAAGCCUUACUCCUGCUUUGACUGUGGAAAUAUUUUCUCUCAACUGGCCCACUUGAAAAGACAUGAACAUAUACAUACAGGAGUGAAGCCGUACUCCUGCUCUGGAUGUGUAAAAUGCUUCAUAACAUCAACUGAACUAAAAGUUCAUCAGCGAACACACACUGGAGAGAAGCCUUACUCCUGCUCUGACUGUGGGAAGAGUUUUUCUCGAAUAGGUCUCUUAAAAACACAUGAACGUGUACAUAGAGGAGAGAAGCCUUACCACUGACCUGACUGUAGAAUUUUUUUUGAAAAAACAGCUGAGCUGAAAGGUCAAGAGGGAACCUUACUUUUGCUCUUAAUGUGGCAAGAGUAACUCAAGUGAUAGUCACCAAGUAAAAUACUACUUGAGGAAAAGUAUUUGGUUGUAAAUAUACUUAAUUAUCAAAAGUAAAAGUAUGCAUAAUUUCCAAUUCCUUAAAUUACCCCUACGGGAUGGGUGUCCCUAAACUGGGACGGUUGUAGCUAAGGUGCGCUAGUCUGACUAGAUUGACGUUGUAUACAACAGCCAUCUUUCUGGGACAUAGACAUAUCUUAUAUGGGCAGAAAGCUUAAAUUUUUGUUUAUCAAUCUGCAGUGUCCAAUUAACAGUAGCUAAUACAGUGAAAAAAGACCAUGCUAUUGUUUGAAGAGAGUGCACAACAACAAGCUUAUCUCGCAAAUGAUUUGAUACAUUAUUUACUUUCAGAGGUGAAUGUAUUUUCAUUCAGUCAUAUUGCUCUGAUUUGUCAUCCUGAGGGUCCCACAGAUAAAAUGUAGCGUAGUUUCGUCUAAUAAAAUCCAUUUUUAUGUUCAAAUGUAGGAACUGGUUCUACUGGUUUUGGACACCAAUUUGGCGUUUUUUUAAAUGUAUUUUUUACACCUUUUAUUUAACGAGGCAAGUCAGUUAAGAACCCAUUCUUAUUUUCAAUGACGGCCUAGGAAUGGUGGGUUAACUGCCUUGUUCAGGGGCAGAAUGACAGAUUUUCACCUUGUCAGCUCGGGAGAUUCAAUCUUGCAACCUUACAGUUAACUAGUCCAAUGCUCUAACCACCUGCCUCUCAUUGCACUCCACGAGGAGACUGCCUGUUACGCAAAUGAAGUAAGCCAAGGUAAGUUGCUAGCUGGCAUUACACUUCUCUUAUAAAAAACAAUCAUAAUCAAUCAACUACACAUGGUUGAUAUUACUAGUUUAUCUAGCUUGUCCUGCAUUGCAGAUAAUCGAUGCGGUGCGUAUCGUUGCUCCAAUGUGUACCUAACCAUGAACAUCAAUGCCUUUCUUAUUAAAAUCAAUACACAGAAGUAUAUAUUUUUAAACCUGCAUAUUUAGCUAAAAGAAAUCCAGGUUAGCAGGCAAUAUUAACCAGGUGAAAUUGUGUCACUUCUCUCGCGUUCAUUGCACGCGGAGUCAGUGUAUAUGCAACAGUUUGGGCCGCCUAAUUUUCCAGAAUUUUACGUAAUUAUGACAAAACAUUGAAUGCUGUGCAAAUGUAACAGGAAUAUUUAGACUAAUGGAUCUCAUCCCUUAGGAAAGGUUCCGUAUUUCACUGAAAGAAUAAACCUCUUGUUUUCGAGAUGAUAGUUUCCGGAUUCGACCAUAUUAAUGACCCAAGGCUCGUAUUUCUGUGUGUUAUUAUGUUAGAACUAAGUCUAUGAUUUGAUAGAGCAGUCUGACUGUGCGGUGGUAGGCAGCAGCAGGCUCGUAAGCAUUCAUUCAAACAGCACUUUCGUGUGUUUUGCCAGCAGCUCUUUGUUGUGCAUCAAGCGUUGCGCUGUUUAUGGCUUCAAGCCUAUCAACUCCCGAGAGGAGGCUGGUGUAACCGAUGUGAAAUGGCUAGCUAGAUAGCGGGUGCACACUAAUAGCAUUUCAAAAGUCACUCGCUCUGAGACUUGGAGUGGUUGUUCCCCUUGCUCUGCAUGGCAAACGCUGCUUCGAGGGUGGCUGUUGUCGUUGUGUUCCUGGUUCGAGCCCAGGGAGGAGCGAGGAGAGGGACGGAAGCUAUACUGUUACACUGGCAAUACUAAAGUGCCUAUAAGAACAUCCAAUAGUCAAAAGUUAAUGAAAUACAAAUGGUAUAGAGAGAAAUAGUCCUAUAAUUCCUAUAAUAACUACAACCUAAAAUGUCUUACCUGGGAAUAUUGAAGACUCAUGUUAAAAGGAACCACCAGCUUUCAUAUGUUCUCAUGUUCUGAGCAAGGAACUUAAACGUUAUCUUUCUUACAUGGCACAUAUUACACUUUUACUUUCUUCUCCGACACUUUGUUUUUGCAUUAUUUAAACCAAAUUUAACCUGUUUCAUUAUUUGUUUGAGGCUAAAUUGAUUUUAUUGAUGUAUUAUAUUAAGUUAAAAUAAGUGUUCAUUCCAGUAUUGUUGUCAUUGUCAAUAUUACAAAUACAUUUGUAAAAAUCGGCCGAUUAAUCCGUAUUGGCUUUUUUUGGUCCUGCAAUAAUCGGUAUUGGCGUUGAAAAAUCAUAAUCGGUCGACCUCUACUUGAAACAGUGCAGUAAUGUAAUUCUUCACUGGAUCAGUCAAACUGAGCACACACUGCUGCCACCUGGUGGCCAAAAUCUAAAUUACACCUAGACUCCUAUCUGAAAGUAUGGCCUUUCUCUUGCAUUUCAAAGAUGAUGAAAAAUAAACUGUUUUUUUUGUUUGUA